CAAAAUGGGUGAAUUAAAUAUUGAUUGAUGUGGUGAUAAUAUAUUUUACAUGGAGUAGGCAAUAUUCAUGUUAAUAUAAAUAAAUUAUAAUUUUUUGUCAAUUUUUUUAAUCAGAAAAAAAAUUGCAAUUAUUCAGUGGAAUAUGUAGAAACGUUGAAUGUAUAGUUUAGGAGGUGAGAGGGGUUAAUCGCUAUGUCCACUUUUGAACAUUUGAGUUUUACAUACCUUCAAGUCCGUUCACUUAGUCUACUUGUUGUCGAAUGAUCUUGACGUGACAACCGGGCUCUGAUUAAAUCAACGUGACUCCCCUCCCCGGACUUUGUGUUGGUUAUGUAGGUGAUCAAUGGGUGAAUAGUAUAUUAUCAACCUUGGGUGAAACCAUGUCGGAUGUUUCCACUGGUGCAACUGAGACAGACACUCAGUAUCAUUUUGUGCAUCAGUUCAACGUCGGGAACGCACAAACCGGCGUCUCAGUGUAAACAAACAGUUAUCAAUUGAUCAACAGAAUUAUCUUAAUUUAACGAUAUUGCGGUAUAGUAAAAUUCUGUUGACGUUUUUCAUCUGAUGGAAUAUGAAUAAUACUAAGAGGACUAUUUACGUGGGUGGACUUGCAGAGGAAGUCGAUGAGAAAAUUCUCCAUGCCGCAUUCAUUCCAUUUGGUGAAAUAGUCGACGUUCAAAUUCCUCUUGAUUAUGAGUCAGAGAAGCACAGAGGGUUUGCAUUCAUCGAGUUUGAGUUGGCUGAAGAUGCAUUGGCUGCAAUCGAUAACAUGAAUGAUUCCGAAUUAUUUGGAAGAACAAUACGAGUAAACAUAGCCAAGCCACAGAGGAUAAAGGAGGGCUCAUCGAAGCCAGUGUGGGCAGAUGACAUGUGGCUGCAGGAGCACGCCGGUGAAACCCUCAGCAAAGAUGAAACGGGAAAAUCCGAGAUUCCAGCGACGAUAAAAGAAAAACGUAAUCCCCAGGUUUAUUUCGAUAUAACCGUCGGUAAACAUGAGCUAGGGAGGAUUAUCAUGAUGCUGAGAGCGGACAUUGUCCCCCGAACUGCUGAGAAUUUUCGGUGUUUAUGUACUCACGAGAAGGGAUAUGGAUAUCAGGGGAGUACGUUUCAUCGAGUCAUUCCAGACUUUAUGUGUCAAGGUGGAGAUUUCACGAAUCAUAAUGGCACUGGAGGUAAAUCAAUCUAUGGACAUAAAUUCGAAGACGAGAAUUUUGAAUUGAAACACACAGGGCCUGGGAUCCUCUCUAUGGCCAAUUCUGGACCAAACACCAAUGGCUCACAAUUUUUCUUGUGCACAGCGAGAACUGACUGGUUAGACAAUAAACAUGUGGUCUUUGGACACGUUCUCAGUGGACUGGACGUUGUGAAAAAAAUAGAGAAGUUCGGUAGCAAAGCUGGGACACCGUCUCAAAAAAUUGUCAUUAGUACCUGUGGCGAAUUGAAUUAGAAUGAUUGUAAUAAAAAUUAAAACCUCUAAAUUGUCAGAUUUAAUUUUCUCGUUG